ACAGUACCCACACGGCACUCUUCCAGCCUACAGUACAUUCUGCUGCUUAUCCGGGGAUGUCACACCGCUGCUAUUUUCUCCCCUCAGUCCCUCUCACUCUCAGCCUACAGCUCCAACGGACUGACACGGGGCUUUGGACAGAAAGAAACGAACAAUAAGAUACAAUACAGAGGCCAAAAAUGGCAGAGCUUGGAGCGGGAAGCCUGCCGUUAGGGGAUCCUGCUUUUAAUUACCAGGAGCACGAGCUGAACGAGCGGCUGAAACGGCUCUACCCGGCUGUGAACGAGGAAGAGACCCCUUUACCCCGAUCCUGGAGCCCCAAGGAUAAAUACAGCUACAUUGGGCUGUCACAGAACAACCUUCGGGUCCAUUAUAAAGGCCAUGGUAAGAACCACAAGGACGCAGCAUCAGUGCGAGCUACUCACCCAAUCCCUGCUGCCUGUGGGAUCUACUACUUUGAAGUCAAGAUUGUCAGCAAGGGUCGAGAUGGGUACAUGGGCAUCGGCCUGUCUGCCCAGGGAGUCAACAUGAACAGACUGCCUGGAUGGGACAAGCACUCAUACGGUUACCAUGGAGAUGACGGCCACUCCUUCUGCUCUUCUGGGACUGGCCAACCGUACGGCCCAACAUUCACCACAGGGGAUGUGAUUGGCUGCUGUGUUAACCUCAUUAACAACACUUGCUUUUACACCAAAAAUGGCAUCAGUUUAGGUGUAGCCUUCACAGAUCUCCCUCCAAACCUGUACCCCACCGUGGGGCUUCAGACCCCGGGUGAGAUUGUAGACGCUAACUUUGGCCAGCAGCCAUUUGUCUUUGACAUAGAGGACUACAUGAGUGAAUGGCGGGCCAAGAUCCAUGGCAUGAUCGCUCGCUUCCCCAUAGGAGAGAGACUUGGAGAAUGGCAGGCUGUCCUGCAGAAUAUGGUGUCCAGCUACCUGGUACACCAUGGAUACUGUGCCACUGCAACAGCCUUCGCCAGAGCCACAGAGACCAUGAUACAAGAGGACCAGACGUCUAUAAAGAACAGACAGAGAAUACAGAAGCUGGUGCUGGCAGGACGGGUGGGCGAAGCCAUAGAAGCUACUCAGCAGCUUUAUCCCGGCCUCUUAGAACACAACCCCAACCUACUAUUUAUGUUGAAGUGUCGUCAGUUUGUGGAGAUGGUGAACGGUACAGACAGUGAGGUUCGCUGCUUGACCAUUCGCUCCCCCAAGUCCCAGGACAGUUACCCCGGCUCACCCAGCCUCAGCCCCCGCCACGGAGCCAGCAACACACACCUGCACACUGGAGGAGCAGACAGCCCCACCUGCAGUAACGGGGUGACUCCCCCCAACAAGUCAAAAAGCCAUGGCGGCACCAGCAGCAGCAGUGUCAAAUAUCCCAGUGCGUCCUCCUCCGCCUCCUCCUCCACCUCCUCUUCCCCUUCUUCAGUCAACUACUCUGAGUCCAACUCCUCCGACUCCACCAAGAGCCAGCCACACAGUGCCAACAGCACCCAGGAAACCAGUGACAGUGAGAUGGAGAUAGAAGCUGAGCACUACACCAACGGGGUUGCUGAGGGCUCCUCAGCGAGGAUUAUGAAUGGCACAUACAAACACGAAGAGAUCCUUCAGCCAGACGACAACAGCAUUGGCAACGGGGUCACAGCAGAUGAGGGUUGUAGUAAUAGCAAACAGCUUUGUGGAGGGAACCAGGCAGCCACAGAGAGGAUGAUCCAGUUUGGACGGGAGCUGCAGGCACUCAAUGAACAGCUGUGCCGCGAGUAUGGCAAGAACGCCACGCACAAGAAGAUGUUACAGGAUGCAUUCAGUCUGUUAGCGUACUCAGACCCAUGGAACUGCCCCGUUGGACAGCAGUUAGAUCCCACGCAGAGAGAAUCACUCUGCUCUGCACUCAACAGCGCCAUACUGGAGUCCCAAAAUCUGCCUAAGCAGCCUCCGCUGAUGUUAGCAUUGGGUCAGGCCACAGAGUGUGUUCAGCUCAUGGCACGAGUCCGGUCCGGUUCCUGCUCCUUCGCCAGAGUAGACAACUUUUUGCACUAGCCCUGGUCCAGGUUAAUGUUAAGUAGCACUGAGAGAAGGCAUGUCGGGCAGGUAGUUGUCAUGGCGACGGAGAAAAGAGCAUUCGUGUGAUUGGUGUGUUUGGCUGUCCGUCAGACCAAGUCAGCGGCACAGACCAAGGAACAGAGGAGAGCAAAAGAGAAGAAAGCUUCCUUUUAAUUUAGUAUUAUCAAAUAAAGAAAUGUGUGACACUAUUUAAAGAUAAUUAAUUAUUAUUCUGUUUAUCUAGCCUUUUUUUUUUAGUUCUUUUUUGUCAGUUUGUUGUGCUCCUUCUGGACAAAACAAAUUGUAUUUCCCCUUUUUAUUUUUUCCUCUGUUUUAAUGGGUGGAUUUUGUUUCCCUACAAUUAGUAUUUUACUCACAUUGUUGUUGUUGUUGUUCACCAUAUCACAGACCACAAUACCCACAGUUGGUUACUGUGGUGACCCCCACAACUGUAGGUCAACUGAACAAAACCUGAGGUGCAUUACAUCAUCUUUAAUAAGAUAUACAAAAUGGACUUACUCUGUAGGACAAAGUCUGAGCCCUUUAUUCCCCUGAAAUAUCUGCUUGGAAGUGCAUUCAUGUCUUGAAAUAGGGUGAGCAAGCAAGUCCUCAGCAUGAAAAACACCUCUGAUUGUGUGGAGCAGAUCGUUAGCUGUGGUCAAGGCUUAUGCAGUACUCUAGUAAACACUAACACUGAUAGAGUGUGGACUGAUGUAAGACAAAAGUAAGUCCCCAAUUAUUCUAGAAAGUUGGAAAUAAAAAUUUGGUGACUGUGUUUUGUCGCCAGAACCUUCCUAUGUCAUAGUUAUGUAAUGUUAUUAAGAACAAAAUACUGUGAGCUAACAGGUUAGUAGCCAAAGAAGACAAAACAUCACCUGUGUAUAAAAUAUAAUUGAAGGGGCUUUGUAGUAGGGAACACUGGCAGUAACCGGGGAAAAUGGGUGACGACAAGGGAUUAAAUUGGAAUAUUAUAGGUGUUGAAGCCUUAAUUUUGUUGUAACUACCACAGCAUCGACCAGUCAGUGAUGUGGUUGCAGGUGGCAAAGCUUGGCCUUAGCCGCACCUACAACACCUGCUCUCAGGACUGAGCCUAACACUAUUAUCAUGGUCACCUUGAUGCCAGCACAGAAAAAUUUGUAUCAAAGGCACACUAACAAGCACAGUGUGUGUAUGGCUAAAAGUCAAGCCACUCCAGGGGAUUUUAUUACUGCAGUCUUUUUUCUAAUAUCAUCCACAGUCUGACCUGCUCUGUGCACGUGCUGUCGCAAUUAGAAUUCCAAAUAAAGAGGUGAAGUCAUUUGCCAAACAAGAUUUUUUUUUUCAAUUAUAGGGUGCACUAUGUGAUAAUUAAAUCAAUCUUUCAAACCCCUUUAAGGUCAUGAAAACCAUUUCUGUUUGUUGGGAAAAUACUUUUUUUUCACACACCUCCAUUCUUCUAACAACCAUAAACUUGUCUUGACUAUGUUCUCCCUGCUACUGGAUAGAAGGACAAUGUACAAUAACAUCAACAAGGGAGCUUUUUAUUCCAGUUCAAGUUCUCUGCUCGCCACUAUGAGAUUUACAAUAGUCAUCAAAUUGCUUUUGUACAGGAGUUUAUGUUUUACGUCAUAACAAAACUAUAAAACACCACAUUCAACUCCCAACAACAUGAAUGACAGAUACAGAAUCUUUUGUGAACCACUCCUCACUGUCAGACUCCAAAGUUUUAAUAUUAAAGAAAUUAUCUAAUAAAUCUAUAUGAAAAAAUUAUAUUUAAUUGGAUAUAUAAUUGAACCAAGUGAAAUAAUGUAACAAAUUAUUAGAACUUAAGUUUAGUUAUAUUAGUGUAACUCACCCCUUCACCUUUUAACCUCCAGCUCCCCAAGGCAGACUCAAAAACUGCUACUGAACUUUAGCGAGCUGGCUUCUGUUUGCUAGUUGCUAACUCAACUAGCUAGUUGGUAAUUUUGAAUCAGCUCACUAGUUGCUGCUGCCCAUAAACAUGCGUUCUGUGUAGCUUAAUGUUAGCUGUUAAUUCAGAGUUACCUCAGCAGUGUUGUGAGACUGAAGUGUUUCUCAGAGAAGGUCACACAACUGUGUGAAGAGCAAAAACACACUUAUUUAUGAUACUCAAGUUGUUGUAGCCAGCAAGCGCUAACGAGCUAGCUGGUAGUGAGUGGGCCUGAGUUAACUUUGAUAAUUUAUUAAAUGAUUUCUUUUAACAUUAAAUUAUUAUAUUUUUAGAUAAUUUCAUUAUGUCGUGUUUAUUGAUUGAAUAUUAGACAUGGUGGUUCCUCUUAAAAGCUCAAAUCAAUUUUUUUGUGAUGAAGCAGUUGUUCAUUUGGAAAGUCAAAAUCGUCUUUAUCUGCUUUCUGUCUCUAUCUAAACAGAUUUUGGUUUGUGGCAGAAUUACAACUCUAACUCCACUGCACCCUGUUUGAAUGUGUAUCAUUAAUUGGGUUUUAAUAUACUUUUGUUCCUCACCUCAGCUUUAUCCAAAACACUUUACUUCUUUUGUUUAUACACAUAUUUUCUACCAAAUAGCAUUGACUGAAUAUCGUCUGACUAGUGGCGGACUGUCACUCUGACUGCUUUGUUGUGACCUAGAAAACGGCUCAUGGAUCCACCUGAAAGUGUAUAUUACCAUUUAUGAGUGAAUUCCAGUUCAUGGUCAAGAAAUGUGGAUAAAUAUAAUAUUGGAAAAUGUGUGUAUGCAGUGUGGGGUUUACCGCAGGGUUUGUGGUCAAACUUUAUACAAAGCUGUUUUUAUAAACACACCUUCUGCUAUAAUAGGAAUUAUUCUAAUAACUACACAUACAGUACACACUUGACAUCUGCUUCUACAGCUGUAAAGGACUUCUGUUACACACACACACACACACACACACACACACACACCUGGACAUGAAAGAACAACUUCUGUUGCAUACCUGUAGGGAACAAGUCUCCCAGCUGUCCUUUGUGUUUGAGCCUGGGUUGUGUCUCAGUGCUGUUACCAUGCACCCUUCCUCUACUCCCUGCUUAGACAUAGCCACUGAUGUGAUCAGUGAUUGUUUAAAGGAAAGGAGGAACAGUUUUGGAAAUGGGCCCCAGGGCCUCUGAAGCCACAUGGACUUCUUCUGGAGAGGCUGCUGGAGAAAUGGAUUUUGGCAUUGCAGACAAGCUGUGCACAGUUGACUUCUAUCAUGAUUUUAAUUUCAUAUUUUGACUUUUGAGUUUUAGCAAAAAAAAAACAAAAAAAAAAAAAAAAACCUAAAACAAAACAAAACAAAAAACAAUUGUGAGAUGAGUUACCCUCUACUUAGCAUGACUUUUAAAACCUUUAAAAUGAUAUUAAAAAAAAGGAAAAAUGAUAACUGAAAAAAUACCUAUGUACUGGAAACAUGUUAAAGAAGAAAUAUUGUAUUCAGUUUAAUUUUGACAGACUUAUUUUUAUUAAAAUACAUCCAUAAGCAUA